AUGAAGGGCAUUGCGGACCUGAUCGACUCCGACAUGGAGGAAGCGGUACCUUUUAUCGACGAAAAUUCGAUUCUGUCUUCUGCCUCCGACGCGACCAAUACUACCACCGCGACAGCGACGCAGACAAAACGCGGCCAAAAAAGGCAGCGCGUCACAAUGCCCUCAAAAGCAAAGUCGAAAUCAGAAAAGAGCGCUGCAUCAGACGCCAAAACCCUCUCUUCGAGACGAACUGCUGGCGUGAAGCGCAAGGCGGUCGAAGAUCACACAGCCGACCAAGAUUCCAAUGGUAACCUCGAUGAGACGCUGAGAGACUCCGAGGCGCAGAUAUCAUCAACCGCGCCGAAAGCUAAAAGGGGGAAGCGCGCCAAAACCAAGGCGAAAACAGCGCAUGAGGCUGCAGAGACGGCCGAGAAUGAACAUGUGUGGAGAGAGAAUGGAGAAGUAUCACCCGUGGCAGUGCGCUCGAAACACGCCGCAUCUCGCACGAAGAGGGAAGCUCCAAAGAUCUCCGCCAAAAUAAGCACUUCUACAAAACCGAAAAUGGCUCUUCAACCUCAAUCUUCUGCAGUGGUAACACCUCACGAGGAGAGCGAAGAGAUUGGGGAAGAAUCGGAAGUUGCUAUGGCACCAAAAGGCAGGGCGACUGCGAGAGAUACAUCGAGAACGAGGCAGGAUCCGCCUUAUCGACGGCGGGCAGGAAGUGCGUCUGACACCGAACGAGGUGAUCCUAACCUCCGGCGCAAGCUAGGAGAUAUCACCCGCAAGUUCGAGAACGUGGAUUUGAAGUACCGUAAUCUCAAAGAAGUGGGCAUACACGAGGCGAACGCGAAUAUGGAGAAGCUCCGCAAGCAGUGUGAGGCGAGUGUACAGGCAUCGAAUAACCUAAUAGCAUCACUCCGGAAGGAGUUGGCCACGCAAGCCCCUCUAGCGCACGAGGCACGCAUGCUCCGCAAACAGGUACAGAACCAGGAAGCAGAGAUGGAACGAAUGCGCGACACAUCCUUGCAGCUUUCAACCUCUCUGGCCGAUGCUCAAAACGAGAUCAAAGGACUACAAGCCAAGCUGGUAGCAGCACGAGCAUCGUCGGUUGAUAACCCGAAACCUCCUAGCAGCGCGAUGAAAAGUUCUACACAACGUCAUCUCCCGGGAGAAGCUGCUCAGGCUGUGCAGAUAGCACAAAUGAAGGAGGACCUGUACAGCGACCUUACAGGACUUGUUAUCCUCAACGUGAAAAAGACAGAAGACGGUGACACAUACGAAUGCAUCCAGACUGGUCGUAACGGGACGUUGCAUUUCAGACUGUUUAUUGACCAGGAAAUUGCAAAGGGUAUGAGUUUCGAGGAAACGGAGUACCUGUACACACCAUUGCUGGACCGCGACCGGGAUCAAGAGAUGAUGAAGAUAAUGCCUAGCUAUCUGACCGAAGACAUCACUUUUGCAAGACACAACGCAGCCAAAUUUUACGGCAGGGUCGUGGACACCAUCACCAAGAAAAGGGGCGACGAGUGA